AUGAAUGGCAGCGAGCCGGAGCCGGAACCUGUCAACUACUAUGACUACUCCGACUGGUACACGGAUAACUUGGAGCCCACCAAGAGCCCACCGGUGGAAAUUGUGGAGCCAUGUGACCCCACAGCUGACGAUCAGCUCUUCCACAUAUGCAUAGCAGCCGUAUCGCUAGUUGCAGUGUUGGUCUUGGCUGCCAUUCGCCACAAGACAACACUUCAGAACUUCAGGCGAGGGGCUCCCAGCGUCCUCAAUGCCCUGAACUUCCUGGACCACACCCAGAACAGAGGCGUGGCCAUCGCUGUCUUCACACUGCUCUUCUGCAAGCUGUGUGUGCUGGUCCUUCAUCCUGUCCCUCUGCCUCUCUCUAAAGACAACACACCAGCCCUCAAAGAGCUAUGGAAGAUUAUUGCAAUUUUCUACUACCCGAUCCUCUACUACCCUCUGCUGGUAUGCGGCACCCUCCGCAGCAAGAUUGGCUAUGUGUUUGGCACAAUGCUGGCAUGGACACACCUGGUCGUCCUAUGCUGGCAGAAGAUUGACUGCCCCAAAACUCCAGAGAUGUAUAAGUACUACUCCCUGCUGAACACACUGCCUCAGAUGGCUUGCUUUGCCUACCUCGGUAUCACGUAUCCUCUGCUUUUCCUAACUUCAUCAGAUGUUCAGGAUAAAUACAAAGAGGACGUAGACGAUAACUAUUACAAGACGUAUGUGAAGUCUCUCCUAAAGAAAAGACCAGCCAAAACAAGCCCAGCGAGCAAAGACACCACCACACUGAAAGACAGAAUCAUUGAUAAAGUCAAGUCAUACAUGUACAGGCCAGAGGAUGAUUUCCUAUUGCCAUUGAAACUUGUCAUCUCUGGAGCCGUGUCAUUCAUGGCCAUCUACCAGGUGAUGCUGCUGCUGAUUUGCUCUGUGAUCCCCAUCCUCCACAUCGUGCGUGCCGGCAUCAAUGAGGACAUCGCCUUCCUCCUGCUGGGCUUCAACAUCAUCCUGCACGAGGACCGGAUGGAGGUGGUCAAGAUCGUCAUCCACUACACCUGGUGCCUGGAAAUUUGCUACAUCUGUGCUGCAACUCUGUCUGCUAUGGUUUCGCUUGUCAUGCUUUCAAGGUCUAUGGUUUUACACAGGGAUAAUCUGAAAGUGUUGUACAAGGGAAGUAUCUACAAUGAAUUCAACAUCAGGAGGAAAAGUCGUGUCUCCCAGUUCAGUGUUGUGCACUGGAUGGGCUUCGUUGGAUCUCAAGCAGCAGUUGUAUGCCUUGCCAUGGCUAUCCAGACGCUGGUCUUCUUCUUUGGUUUCCUGGUUCUUGUCUUCCUGGUCUUCAUCCCCAUCCUCUACGGACAGAAUCUCAUCUUCCUCCAGAUUAUCGGCAUGCUGUGGCCUCUGUGGCUGCUGCUGUUCCUGAUUGUGGCCGUUCAGCAUGCUGCUGCUCACUUUGCCUUUGUCAAGAAAGACGCUGGGACCAGGAAUCUGGAAAACAGGUCUGCGUUGUUCCUGCUGUCCUACAUGCUCUUCCUGAUGAACAUCGUGGUGGGGAUGGUGGUGGGCCUCCUGAGGAUGGCCGUCACCGCCAUGUUCAACAUCCUCCACUUGGGCCGCCUGGACAUCAGCCUGCUCAACCGAGCGUCGGAGAACUUCGACCCAGGCUACCUGUGCUACAGCCGCUUCCUGAAGCUGGAGGUGAGCCAGACUCACCCGGUGAUGAAGGCCUUCUGUGGCCUGCUGCUCAGCACCAGCGGCCUGGAGUGGAGCGGGGCCGGACACAAGAGCAAAGAUGCAGAGGAAGCAUGUACCACGCAGCCAGGCAUUCCCAUGGUGGAUAAGAAGCAGCACAAAGCCUUGACGGCCCGCAGGGCACGUUACCGUUGGCAACUGUUCCUCACCCUGGUCAACAACCCCUCCGUGCUAGGCUACCGCAAACACUUCCAGUCCCCGGCCUCCGACAGCGCCAUCAACGGGAGCCUCAACCGCCCCUCUAAAGAAGGCACUGCUAGCACUGACAGCCCUGCCUCGAAUUAAAGGUAGAGUAGCUACAGCAUGUCAUUUUUAUAGCAGUUUAUUUCCAGAAAUGUAUGUUGCCCACCUUUCACAAAUGUUACUUUUUCAUGAAUAUUUACCACCAUCAUCAAUUUCUAUGUAUUCAUUAUGACUUGGAAAUGCACAGUUUUCAAAAAUGGAUUGCUGGAUCUUCUCCAUGUCAACCAUUACAAAGCAAAACUUACAGUAUAUUGGUCAUACCAGUAAUUAUUUACUUUAUUACUAAGUAAAUAUUCAUGAAAAUAUCUAAUUUGUAAAUAGGCAACAUACAUUUUGAAAAUAAACAACUAUUCUAAAAUGACAAACUGGACCUUUAAAGCACCUAGCGCACAACCCAGUGGAUGAACGCUGGCUUCUCGGAUCAGGAUUCUUGUUAGACUGGUUCCCAGCAUGUUUGUCUGGAAAGAGCAUAGUGUGUCCUCCACAAGGAUCAUUCCUAUCACGGGAACUCAGCCACUAUCGAUAUCCAUCUGGCCGUCACAGGACUACUGUAGAGGAUGCUGUUGUAACAUGCGGAUGUCUGGCUGUACAGUACGAGACAGCUCCUGGGGUGUCUGUUUGUCACCUCUGUCUGUAUUAUUGUACAAUAUUAUAUUAGAGUAUGACUUUAGUUCUUCAUCACCGAUAUCAGGCCUAAGCCAGACAUGCAGUUGUUCGUUUUCUUAAAAAAAAAACAGUGGUCAGUAUACUGUAGAUAGGAAGACACAGUAGGUCAGGUCUGGUUCAAUAGCAUGAAUCAGCCAUGUUACAUGCAUUUAAAAAGGAUACAAGGCCACCGUUUACGGAACUCUACAAAACAUAAGUAGGCUGCUUCCAUUUGUUUUAUUUUUGUUUUGUUUUGUUUUAUUCUGUAAGAGCCAGAAAUAUUUUAUGACAUCAAAAAUGUACAUGGUUGAUUCGAAUUGUGCUGCACUGUUAGCAUGUAUGUGUUGAAUUUGUUAUGGUAUGUGUUUUCCAUGUUUUCGUAAAAGAAUAGUUUUCUUGAAAUUCUUGUUUUCCUUGUUUUGUUCUCAACUAUUCUUUGUUGCAUCAACCUGCUGUUUUCGUCCCUAACAAUAAAAACUAAA